AUGGCACAUCGCUAUCAACAAGAUACCAGGAACAAGGGCUCGUCAUCUUGGGAUGCAGGAGCGGUGGAAGGUUUUCCAUGGGUGUUUGUUGGCUCCUUGUCAGCCGCCGAAAACCAGCUUGAGCUGGCCGCCCGUAACGUCACUGGCCUUUUGACCGUGGCAGGGAAACUGGGCGUGACAACGCCUCCGUCUUGCGCCGAACGACAUGCCCAGAUCGAUAUCGACGAUCAUCCAAUUGCCAAUCUGUUGGAAGUCGCCCAGCAAUGCAUUGACGUGAUCGAUGAUGCUCAAAAGGAUCACGUCGAUUAUCAAGCUGCGGCCGGGAUGCAAGAUGAAGAGACCCCGGCUCCGUGUCUGCUCGUCCACUGUGCGUCAGGGAUAUCUCGUUCGGUUUCGGCCGUCGUGGCCUGGCUGAUGGUGCGGCAGCGCUACAGUCUUGACCGAGCGUUGGAGGCAGUUCGGGUCCAUCGGCCUCUUGCCAAACCGAAUGUGGGUUUUAUGCAGCAGCUCCAAAUGCUGGAGAAGCAUAAUGGCAACCUCGAGGCAGCACGAAAGGAGUGGGACAAACACUCUCAAAAGGAUAUCUGGGAGCUGACCAGCGCCAGACGACGACUAGCAAAUGACCUGCACGCACGAGUGGACGACUUGGAGGUACGAAUUCAACAGCAAAUAUCCGACCAGCAGCAUCAAGGCUCGAGAGAAGAAGGAGAGCAAGUACGAGGAGCAUCCAAGAAUGUGAGCUUACUACUACGAGAGUCUCAUGUGAUCAGUGAUUGCCUCGAUAAGACCCGAGACGAGACCGGAGAAGGGCUGCCAAUGGACAGAGUGACUGGCACGAUCUUGAAGAGUGCUCGAGGGAAGCUAGAGAGGCUCAUCGAUAACUUGACCGGCCGGGAAGAUUAA